UUAUUCAUCAAAUAUAAAUUUAUUUUGUCAUGAAACUACAAUACAAAAAAUGUGAUUUAUAGAAAAAGUGACUUAGAAGAGGUUAAGUUAUCUAAAUUAGACCGGAGCGUGAUGGUUUACUGUCUUAAUUCAGAGACAUUAGUCUAGUAUGUUUCAUAAGUUACUACGUUAUAAUAUUUUGUGUUAUGCUAAAGGGUUUGAGAAACAGAAAAAUCGGAACACAGAAAAAAACAACUUUUGAUUGUCCCCCAAAUUAAUCAAUUUUUAUACUGUACAAACAAAAAAAUAAAUAAUUUUAAUGUUAACAGACAAGAAUUGAAAGAAACACAAAAAAUAAAGAACCACUUAAAGUUUAAGGAAAAAUCUAGAGAAACUGAGUAUUCAAAGAUACGACAAACUACAAAACUAAAGAAAUUAUUGUUUUGUACUUUUCUCUAUAUAUUUUAUUAUUGCUUGCAAAUGUCCUGAGUGGUCCUGACAAACCUAAUACAACACAAAGACGUUGACAUAAAUCAAAAGUUAUUUAUUUAUGGUCAGAAAAUGUUACAUACUAUCAUUAUAGGACAAAUAAAUGUGUAUAUACAAAAAGAAUAGAAAUAAAAACGGACUACCAAAGUCUAAAGUACCAAAUUCUAAAGCUUAAAAGAUGAAAUUUUCCAAACAAUACAUAUCAGUCCAAAAACAUUGUAAUUUUAUUAUUUUUCCUAAUUUUUAAAAUGAGACCUGCUUCUAAAACAAUAUUUUCGUAACAUUGUAAAUGGACUUGCUUGUACGUGCAAUUAUCAAUUUGUAAACGUUCAUAAUCUGCCCCUAGCAUUUGUGACAUCAAAACUUUGGUAGUCCAUUAAGAAUAUAAAUAAGCAAUCACUUAAACGACCGAUACAAUUUGCUGCCUCUCAUAAUAUUUGUCGAGCAAGUGGUCAAUUUGUAUCGGAUUUUAAUUCUAAUUUAGCAAUACAAAAAUACUGGUUCACAUGUAGGGACAAAUAAAAAAAGUAUAAAAACAUGGAAAUAUCACAUCUAUAUAUGGAUAAAUCUACGGUAGAACAAGGAGUCAUAAAUUUCAAGUCGAAUAUAUAUAUAUAUAUAUAUAUAUAUAUAUAUAUAUAUAUAUAUAUAUAUAUAUAUAUAUAUAUUGCUGAUAUUUUGUUUGUGUAUUGUUUUAAGAGCAAUGAGUAUUUUUGAAUAACAUAUAUAGGGUUUUUGUCGCGGUUUUCAAAGAAUUAGUUUGUAAGCACUUUUGAAAUUAUCUUUACUAUAAUUAUUAUGAAACACACAUAUAUAUCUAAUUUAGACAAUAUUUAAAUAUAAAUGUAAAACAACCUAUCUUUAAAAUGAAAUUCUUAUUACACAAUUAAAUUAUACUAACAAAAUUUGGUACCUUUCUGUCACUGAAUGCCUAAAUGAAAUUGUUUUCCAAAAUAAAGGUUUUAAUCACCACUCAAUGUCUCCGUUAUCAGCCUCUGAUUAUCCUUCUUUUUAUGAAAUCGCUUUGCCAAAUAUACCACAAUGUUUCAAUUAUCAGCUUCCACCAUUUCAAAAUAUUUUUCUUCUUAAUAACAUUUAUAAAUAGGUAAAAUAUUCUUCCUUCUUUUUUGCUUUCUUGUUUAUUCUUCUUUCUAAUAAUCUUUUUUUUUUUUCUCUUCCAAUCUCCAAUCUCCAUAUAAAUAUGAUUUUUAAUUUUUUUUAAUCUCCAUAUAAAUAAUAUAAUUUUUAAUCUUGACCUUUUACUCCAAUGUUCUCCAAGACUUAAGGAUGUUGUUAUAUAUCUCCAAUAAACUAGAGGUGGAAAAACUUACGAAGAAAUACAAUAGAGUUAAAGAAGAGAUUAGAAGACUCCAGACUCUAGUUAACCAUCUUAACGAAGAAUUAAGCGAAGGCCUAACAUCAGAUGAAAAAUCUGAAGAAAUCAAGCAUUUGCAUCGGGCCAUACAUAAAAUAAUUGAUGAAAAGGGCUAGUGCCAUACAAAUCUACGAGAAAAAAAUGGUAGAAAACGCCGAUCCUAUUUCCACAGUUUACGAGGAAAGUAUUGCAAGAUAUGUUGAAAUGCACAAAAAAGAUAAACAAGAAGCUAUUCAAAGAAUAAGAAAAGAAUACGAAGAAAGAAUUGCUGAAAAGCAAAUCAUUAUGAUCAGUUCAAGUGAUGAAGAAGAUGAUUCACCUAAAAAACCUAAUGGUAGUCACAGAAAGAAUUUCUGUGACUACCAUUAG